UUUUUGUUUUGUUAUAAACAAGUAUAUGUACUCUCUAAGCAUAAAAAACCGCCAUAUAAAAACAUGCAAACUAAAGCGAGUUGUAUUAAAUCUUAAUAUUAUUAAAAGCUGAGAUAAAAAAGCGACAGAGCAGAACUAUAAAACAUGCCCUCCUCUUCCCCUCCCUAAUCUCAGUAAAAUCACCCACAGAAACGUACCCAUACUGUACAUGUACACUAGCAUGUUACAUUUCUACUCCAGCCUUGGGUUAUUAGCGCCGUGCAGCUGGCCAGAUGUUGGACGCGGAGCUGCUGCCGCUGACCUCGGUGCUGAACACGACGUCAGAUGAACCUGCGCUCACCACAGGAGACACGAUAACAGCCUCACUCCCUCUUUGAUUUACUCAAGCCACUCCAAACAGCCACUUCUGCUUUCUAAACUUUGAGCUUUUUAUUUUUCCAUUCACCCCCCUCCCUCCUCUCCCCAUCUCUCUCUCUCUCUCGCCCUUUUUUUCCCCUCCUUGUUGCUGGGGGUCCAUCCCGCUCUACGACGCUGGCUUUCGUUGUCGUCGUGAUGGCACUCGGCGCGGCUACUGUACGCCAGGCAGGAGAUGAGUUGGUGGUGGAUGAAGGCGCACGGCUCGUUUGAUUGCCCCGCUUUGCACGGAGCCGCUGCGGUCGGCCAUCCUGCGCCGUAACAUGACGAAUAAGCAGUAAAUAACAACUAAAAUAACAACGAGAGUAUUGAGAAAUAGGCCCACAGACACAAACUGGAUAUGGAGGCUGUGAAGAUGAGAGCCACGGCGGGGGUGAAGGAAUUUGCGGGGAAGGCCCUGGGUCAUAUGCAGAGGGUGAUGGAAAAGAGACAGAAAACCGGGGAGGUGAUCGAGCUGACAGAGGAUGGGCGGCCCCGGGAGGCCGCGGAGAAGAAACCCCCGCUGUGCGACUGCAAGUGCUUCGGUCUGCCCCGCCGCUACAUCAUCGCCAUCCUGAGCGGCCUGGGCUUCUGCAUCUCCUUCGGUAUCCGGUGUAACUUGGGCGUGGCCAUAGUGGGCAUGGUCAACAACAGCACCAUCCACCAGAACGGCAAGAUCAUCAUCAAAGAGAAAGCCAAGUUCAACUGGGAUCCAGAGACGGUGGGGCUGAUUCACGGCUCUUUUUUCUGGGGCUACAUCGUGACACAAAUCCCGGGAGGAUACAUAUCCUCGAGGCUGGCAGCAAACAGGGUGUUCGGUGCAGCCAUUGUCCUGACUUCCACCCUCAACAUGUUCAUUCCCUCGGCUGCCCGAGUGCAUUAUGGGUGUGUCAUUUUUGUGAGGAUAUUACAAGGUCUGGUGGAGGGAGUCACUUACCCUGCCUGUCAUGGUAUCUGGAGUAAGUGGGCUCCUCCGCUGGAGAGGAGUCGUCUGGCCACCAUCUCAUUCUGUGGCUCUUAUGCUGGUGCUGUGAUAGCAAUGCCUCUGGCUGGGGUUCUGGUUCAGUACUCUGGCUGGUCCUCAGUGUUCUACGUUUAUGGAUGUUUUGGUAUCGUCUGGUAUAUGUUCUGGGUCCUUGUGUCUUACGAGAGCCCUGCUGAACAUCCUACCAUCACCGAUGAGGAACGCUGCUACAUAGAGGAGAGCAUUGGAGAGAGUGCCAAGCUAAUGGGUCCUGCUGAGAAAUUCAAGACCCCUUGGAGGAAAUUCUUCACCUCUAUGCCCGUCUAUGCAAUUAUUGUGGCCAACUUCUGCAGGAGCUGGACUUUUUACCUGCUGCUGAUUAGCCAGCCUGCGUACUUUGAGGAGGUGUUUGGCUUUGAGAUAAGCAAGGUUGGCAUACUGUCUGCCCUGCCUCAUUUGGUGAUGACCAUCAUCGUGCCCAUUGGUGGCCAGCUGGCCGACUACCUACGCAGCAGGAACAUCCUGUCAACCACCACUGUCAGGAAAAUCAUGAACUGUGGAGGAUUUGGCAUGGAAGCCACAUUGCUGCUGGUGGUAGGAUAUUCCCACAGCAAAGGGGUGGCCAUCUCCUUCCUGGUUCUGGCAGUGGGCUUCAGUGGAUUUGCCAUAUCAGGCUUUAAUGUUAAUCACCUGGACAUCGCUCCACGCUAUGCCAGUAUUCUAAUGGGCAUCUCUAAUGGUGUGGGUACCCUGUCUGGGAUGGUGUGCCCACUGAUUGUUGGUACAAUGACAAAGAACAAGACUCGAGAGGAGUGGCAGUACGUAUUCCUAAUCGCCUCCUUGGUGCAUUACGGCGGCGUGGUCUUCUAUGGGCUCUUUGCUUCGGGAGAAAAACAGCCGUGGGCUGACCCAGAACUGACUAGUGAGGAGAAGUGUGGCUUCAUAGACGAAGACGAGCUGGCAGAGGAGACGGGUGACAUCACUCAAAAUUAUGGUGCCUUUGGAGGUCCGGCCAAGUCGUACGGUGCGACCACACAGGUGAAUGGAGGCUGGGCUUCGGGCUGGGAGAAGACGGAGGAGUACGUCCAGGAAGAAGCGCAGAGAGCCAGCUAUGGAUACAGGCAGGAUGAGGGCUACUCCUAGACCAAACACACAACCACCAACACAUGAGCAGACUUAUUUUUCUGAGUGUGUGUCAGUUUAGUCAGAAAAAAGAAAAAUCUAAACACAUGAGAAACAAGAAAAACUACAAUCCAUUGUUGUAUUGUUUGCACAAAUCCUAAAAAUGAAUUAAAAAAGUACAAACUCAAUGUAAAAAUCACUAAAAUGUGUAAACCAAAAUAAAAAAUUUCAAGAUAUUCAAUUGAUAGAGGUGUAACACAUAUCAAAUUGGCAGUCUGUAAAUGUAUUAUUAUGCAUAUUGAUAAUAGAUAUAUUUAUUUGGAGUGCAAUUGUGUAUAAACGUGAACAUUCUCAUCCCAUCAGCAGAGGCUUCCUGACUACACUGAAGCGUAGGGUUACAUAGAAGCUGCCUAUCAGAAAUGACCCCUUAUUUAUCGCAGUACGACGUCCUACAAGCCAGCCAUUACAGUGUAUAAAUAUGUCACUGCACAGCGUUGUUAAACAGAAACUAGACACUCUGUUGAUAUAGAUUGUACUGUAUCUCUCCUGAAUGCACUCAGAGUAGUGUGUCCUUUUAAUGCACAAUAUGACUUUUGUUUUCUUAUCACUGGCUUCUGUGUGUGUGUGCGCGCGCGUGUGUGUGUAAAAGUCUAACAUGUAAACGACUUGGUUUGACGAGUGAUAUAUAUUGACUUGUGAUGACUGGUUACACUUGCAUAAAAGUUAAUAAUGUCUGUCAAAUGUUUUGUACACAUGAUCCAUUUUAUAACUCAGUACCUCUGCAGUUUGAUUUUAGCUUUCGAAACCUGUCGCAUCUCUGCAGUGUAGUGCCGGACUGAAGCCAUUUUUAUGAUUAUAUUCCACACAACUGUCAAGCCAGUAAAUGUCUAGUUGUACCAAUGCAUUUUUCAAAGAUUUGUCUUAAAUAGAACAUAUAACAGAGAUAAGUAGAGAGUAAAAACAUAUAAGAGCUUAUAGAUUAAAUCCAGACCUCGUCAGAACCAAGAGAUUCAUGUUCGUACACAAACUUAUGAAGGGUUUGUGCAAUGCAAAGACUUUUGGGAUAGAAGCCAAAAUCAGUAUAAGAGUCUUGAUAUAUUAGGGCAACAGAACUAAUAAUAUUUAGAGAGACAGGAAUAACUAAAAUAGUAUGAAAUAAAUAUCUAUAUAAUAAAAUGGAUAAGUGAGUAAUUUCUCUAUAACAAAUAUUUAUGACUUAAAACAAUCAAAGUUUUAACAAAGCUUCUUCACGUAUUAUUAAGAGUUUUAAGCUCAGAAAGUUUAUCUGCUUCAUCAGGACUGUUUGGAUACAGUUUGACAAACAACUGUCAAAUGGUUCUGAUUUGUUGCUAAACUCAAAAUCACCUUUUUCCAGUGCAGAAAAAAAAAAUUAAAUACUGAAAAAAAAAUCUGUUGCGUCAAAUAAUCACAAUCAAGAUCUAAGCAUUCAUGCAGAAAGUGAGAAGCUGAUUGAGAGAAUAUGUUUAAAAUGUCAAAUGACAUAACAGAAGUUAAAGUGAACAUUCCUAAACAAGUAUUUGAAUGUUUACGUGUAUCUAUCCUUAACAAAAAGUUCACCAAAACGGGAGAUUUUCAUUUUCAUUUAGAAAGACGAUGAAGACAGGAGGGGCAAUAACAAAAGGUGUGCAAUUUUGGACUGACAUUUGUCCAUUUCCUUUACAGAAUGGAGGCGAUACGAGACAUUUUAUGAAUUAAUGUGUAAUGUAAUGAGCUGUCGUUACCUUUGGGAGUCUGGUCAUGCAAAGUGUUGUAGGCAAACCACAAACAAGCCUCCAAAAGCUGUUAUGUCCUCAUUC